UUCUAGUCCAUGUGACUCGGGCUGGGCUAAAUAAUUAACAGUCAGCUGUCUCCACAGCAACCAAAAUUACUCGUGCAGGAGAGAGGGCCACGGAACAGGCCGCGUGGAGGAGAAAUCUAAUCUUUUAAAUUGAAGCAGCCAGGAUGCCAUACAAUAGGAUAACAACAGCUGUUAAAAAACCCCGACGAGAGGCUUCAGCUUGCAGAGGCUCUUUGCUUUGCCAUGCUGAUUGGUUCACGUUGCCCUUUUUACAGUUUUCUUAAAAUAACGCCUUCAGAAAGAGAACUGAGGAAUAAAAGCAUUACUUUGCCUGCAGGUCUCUUGUCGCAAAAGGAUAUGGAACACAAAACGGGGCAGACAGCAGAAGAAAUCUGAAGUUUUUUUUUUCUUUCUCCGAGAGUUCCAGGUUGUUGCUGCUGCUGCUACUGUUGCUGCUCUCUGUGCGAAAGACCACCGCGCGCUUCUGUCCAGGUCUGCGCCGCAAAGGUCAUGGGGAACAACGUGUCAACAAUUCCAACUUUACAAAGAGGGCACCAGAGCAGAUUUCAUCGGCUUUCUUGUCAGCACAAAGAUUCUCUCAGUGGACCUUUUCCUGCCAGUUCACACCGAUGCCACCACAAAUCCAAGAGAUGUUUGCCCAUCCAGCAGUGCGGGGGGCACCCAAUCAGCCCCCUGCUGUUUCACCCAAGUGCCAAGGGUUCACAGAUCAUCAUGGACCUUUCCCAGAAGUCAGUCAAGAGGCAGGCAAGCUUCUGUAAUGCAAUUACUUUCAGCAAUAGACCUGUUGUCCUGUACGAGCAGGUCAGAUUAAAGAUAACAAAGAAGCAAUGCUGCUGGAGUGGGGCAUUACGAUUGGGGUUCACCACUAAAGACCCUUCUCGAAUUAAUCCUGACAGUCUCCCAAAGUAUGCCUGCCCAGACUUAGUUUCACAGAGUGGGUUCUGGGCUAAGGCUCUUCCUGAAGAGUUUGCUAAUGAGAGUAACAUUAUUGCAUUUUGGGUCGACAAGAAAGGAAGAGUUUUCUACCGAGUUAAUAACUCUAACCCCAUGCUUUUCUUCAGUGGGGUCAGAACAUCAGAACCACUUUGGGCACUUAUAGAUGUGUAUGGAUUAACCCGAGGCGUGCAACUUCUUGACAGUGAGAUUGUGCCGCCUGACUGCAUUCGCCCCCGGUCCUUCACAGCUGUCCGAAGACCAUCACUGAGAAGAGAAACUGAUGAUACUCGCCUCUCAGUCAGCCUCUGUGACCUUAAUCUCCAAGAGGAGAACCUUCAGCUGACCUCUGCAGCCUGCCCCAUCCCUCAGAACUCACUUAAUGCCCAGCAGUCACACUUGUUACCCUUGCACCUGGACAGCGACCUCCAUUUCCACCAGCUCCGUGGCGCACACAUCAAGACAUUGGAUGAGCAGACGGUAGCUCGGUCUGAACAUGCUCGCGAGGAAAGAACUUUGGUGUUCACAAACAGGCCACUCCGCAUUGGAGAGACAAUUUUUAUUAAGGUCAAUAAGUCUAGUACAGCCCGCUCUGGAUCCCUGUCUUAUGGGGUGACCUCUUGUGAUCCUAGCGUGCUCCGGCCUAGCGACUUGCCAUACAACCCAGAAUCACUUGUGGAUCGCAAGGAAUUUUGGGCAGUGUGUCGUGUGCCCACCCCUCUGCAGAGUGGGGACAUCCUUGGCUUUUUAGUGAACCAAGAAGGGGAGCUACUUUUAAGCCACAAUGGCAUGAAUGCUGGGAUGCAAGUGUGUGUGGAUAAUUCCCGUCCCCUUUGGAUGUUCUUCGGAUUACACGGAGCAGUAGCACAGCUAAGAAUUUUGGGUUCGACUCACUUGUCUGGACCCAGAGGCCCCUCCAUCUCCAGUUCUCCAGUUUCUACGCCCAACACUCCCACAGGGCUCUGCAAUGGAAGCUCGGAUCCAAUUCUCAAUGCCAGUGGCUGUGGUGCCCUCUGUAGCUCCACAAGUGGCACGACUCCUAAUUCUCCCAUAAGUCUGCCCGAGUCCCCCCUCUUCCCUUCGGUCUCUGGCACCUGGAGUGAUGAAUGCACCAUCUGCUACGAGAACGUGGUGGACACUGUCAUCUAUGCUUGUGGGCACAUGUGUCUUUGCUACACGUGUGGGCUGAAGCUGAAGAAAAUGGCAAACGCCUGCUGCCCAAUAUGCAGGAGAGCAAUUAAAGACAUUAUCAAAACGUACCGCAGCACAUAAGUGCUAUGAAGUGCAUUCAGAAAUGAAAGAGAAAAAGUUACACCUCUGAUGGGAACCUUCAAGCAUCUCUGUAUGAUAGCCCACCUGCAAAGGGGCAGGUAAAAUGAUCCUUAUGGUCUGCUGUUUUGAAUUAACAGAUUUAUUCUCUAAAAUCUUAACAGCUAACAUUUCAGGAGGACUCACUAAGUUUUGUUUUUUUAUGUGUUGAUCUUCUCUUGUGUUUGCUAGACGUAUGAAGCAUUUUGUGUUAUCUUAAUAGCCAUGAAAUGGGGGUUUUACCACAUUUCUCAGAUAAUUAGGAAACGCAGGGUCUGCUGACCAAAAAAAGUGGACAGCUACCGUAUCGAAUGGGGGCAAAGUCUGCAACACAAACCAGUGACGUGUAACCCAAACGGUUCAUCGCACACAACUCUGUAGAUAGAACUGGAGUGACCUUAAAGUGAAGGCCGGAAGUGCUCCCCGGGAAUUCUGGGCCGCCGUUUCAGGCAACGAGUGUCGGUAAGCACCUGCCUGGGGGCCAACAGUAAGAGCUGAGCCACAGUGCGUGUUAAAUAAGGGCAUUUACACGAUGACCACAUUCAGGGAGCUGUCACAGUGACGGAGAGAUGUGCAAGGGCAUCUAAAUCACGACGAGGUGUUACAGAGAGCCGGUUCUGCCGACACAAUGACGUCCGUUACAAAUCACUAAUAUCGCACUGGCCGAGGCAUACAUUUCCUCUUUUUUUUUCUUUGUAGUUUUUCCAGAAAUCUAAUCCAGUUGUUCCUUUAUUUGCACUGAAUUGAGACGCCACAUUACAGGACCGGAUUUAGACACGCUGAGGACUUGAGCUGCUAACAGAGAACACGGAAACAAGUGGACCUGCCAAGAUGGAUGGCAGCCUGUGCAGGGCCUGAGGAGGGUUUGCUGCAUUCGAAUUUUAAGAACAUGCAAGUAAAAGUAACACAUUGUGAGAGUAUCCUUCAGAUUGUGACCCCCUAAGCUGUAGCUUGUUUUAUUUAGGCCUAAAUCUGGUCCUGGGGCCGCCAUGACAUCACAUGUCACAUAUAGCGCCUGAGCCGUUUAGUGUCAUGCAGCGUCCGAGCAAAAUUAAAUAUUAAAAAAAAAAAACAACACCACAGCACAGUCACAAAGCACAGGGCGAGUCAAAAUCAUGUUAACAUUUGAUUGGCGGAAAUAAUUUAUUCACAAAAAAUACUUCAUAUGUGCAAGAUGAUUUACAGGAAGGUCUCGCCAUCAUGUUCAACACAUGCACCAUAUGUGGCCUAUAAAUGAUAUAUACUGAAGUACAUACAUGGCGGGCAGCACGGUGGCGCAGUGGGUAGGUAGCGCUGCCGCCUCGUAGUUAGGAGACCCGGGUUCACAUC